AUGAAACGUUUCGCCUUUCCUUCAAACCUCGCAAUCGGCGAAGUUGUAUCAUUUGUGAAAGUCGCGCCGAGUGUGAUGAGUUUUCGUCGGGAAACCGAAGAGAAAUUCAUGAUUGAGGCCAGCAAAACGGUUAACGCUUUUGCAUAUUUGAUGGCCGAAUUCGCUACGAACGACGCCCCGUUCAGUGAAAUGACGAUGCCCGAGUUGCACACGAGUUUCUCUUUUGCUCGACUUGAAGGAAUCGUCCGUAAAACCAUCAUCGACUUUGCCAGUUAUCUACAAGUGGAAGCUACUAAUAAUGCAAUCAUGAACACGGCACUUUGCGAGGAUUUCGGAAACGAGUUGGUGAAGUUGGUCGCCGUUUCGUGUCAAGCCAUUUACAUAACAAAAACAAGCAACGACUUAACGAGUUUCAUGCUAGAGCUGCGAAAACCAGGCGAUAACACGGAUUUGCGAGAAUUUGAGAGGCAAGACAACAAACUGAAGUCAUCUCUGGCUCACUUCUACACAGAAAUUCAACAAAAGAAGCAAAAUCAGAUGCUAUUGCAUGAGCUCGUCACUGCUCUGCACCUCUCGAAGGACGAAAAGAAAAUGCUGCAGUUGGCCAUCAAAUUUGGGUAUCCCAUUCCGAAGCAUGCUAUGCGAUGUCUCGUCGACAAUGUGAACAAAAUUCUGGAUAAAGAUAAUCACAUUACAAUUAAGGUGGCCGGUCAACACUAUGGAACGAGGGGCAACGUUGUUGAGAUCGAUCAAAUCGAUGGCUGUUUCUUUGUGACAAACGAGGACUAUCACCGAUUUACGAGAUUGAUUGCCCAUCAAACUUCUGGAAACCACAACUUGUCGACCGGAAACUCUUUCCUCCUAGAGGCCCUUCAAAAGCGGUUCCCGUCAAGCGAGGCUUUCAGAGAGUCGGAAAUCUUUAGGAAACACUUGUGUGACGCAUUUUUCCUG